AUGGCGCACACCACAACAGAAUCGCUGGACGAGCUACGCAAAAUUGUCAGAACUUGCCCUAUAAUCGACAACCACGCCCACAAUCUGCUCAAACCACAGGGUCUCAAAGCCGAAGACUUUCUCAGUGCCACGUCAGAGGCGGAGGAUGAAGCUCUCGAGGACCAUGUCAAGGCUCUGCCGCAUUUCAGAGCGCAACGACAGCUUCGGACGCUGUAUGAUGUUCCUCACGACGCGGAUUGGUCGGCUAUCUUGAAGAGACGGCGAGAGUUGCUUGAGACUGAUCCGAAUGGGUUGAUCGCGAGAUGUCUUGAGGGGACACAUACGAUUCUCGUGGAUGAUGGGCUCUAUGGAGACUUUGAGGAUUACUCUUGGCAUGACCAGUUCGUAACCACGCCUUGCAAACGCAUUGUGCGAAUCGAAGCUGUCGCUGCAGAGAUCUUGGAGUCUUUGCAUCAGCAAGGCAAGCUGCCUGCUGGCGUCGAUAUUGCCGACGAGGAGGCUUGCUCGCUUGCUUGGCUGGACUUCAUUGCUGCUUUCGAGGAGUCUAUCGCGGCUAGUCUCGAAGACUCCGAAGUGGUGGGCUUGAAAUCGGUCAUCUGCUACCGCUCAGGCUUGGACAUCAUCGUUGGUCGGGAUGCAGACGUGUCAGAGGCCGGCCUUCGAAGCUUUCGUCGACACUUCUUGCCCAGCUAUGUGCAAGACAAGUUUCGUGUCGAGAGCAAGGGCAUGUGUGAUGCUCUUGUAAUUAGCGCGUGCAAGCUGGUCGACGCUGCACGCAAGGCCACGGGUAUUGCGAAACCAAUUCAGUUCCACACUGGCCUCGGGGACAACGACAUAUCGCUGCUCGAAUCCGACCCGGCAUGCAUGCAGCCGUUGAUGAAACACUUUCCGAGUGUGCCCAUUGUGCUUCUCCACUCGUCCUACCCAUUUACUCGUGAAGCUGGAUAUCUUGCAACCGUACACAAGAACGUCUACCUCGAUAUCGGUCUCGUGUUUCCCAUGGUCUCUAGAGAUGGUCAAGAGAAAGUUGUUCGGCAGGCUCUGGAGAUCACACCGACGUCUAAGAUUUUGUGGAGUACUGAUGGCCAUCAUCACCCCGAAACAUAUUAUCUCGCCAACCUGCAAGGCCGUGUGGCUUUGGAAAAGGUGUUGUGUGAGUACGUCACCCGCGAGGACUUGACGGUUGCUCAGGCUGUGCAAGCCGUGAAAGAUGUUCUAUUCUUCAACUCGAACCUGCUCUAUAACCUCGACUUGGUGCUACCCGCUACAGGCGGACGCAGUGUCUCGAUACACUCCAAGUCGAACUCUAGAGAUACCGCCAGGCAGGGUAGUGUGCAAUAUGUCUUCGUUCAAUGGCUCGACUACAACGCACAGAUGCGCACUCGAUGGCUACCCAUUGUUGAGUUUGAUAAGAUGAUGACUAGCGGGCCAGGGCGAUUUGCCAUAUCGAACGGAAAUCUUGGGACGACUCCAAAUGAUCAUAUGUCAUCGAUCUGUGACCCUGUUGGGAGCAUAUACGUUGAACCCGACCUGAGCAGCUUUCGUCUUUUGCAACCGACCGGGCCCGUCAAGAACGCCGCAACCGUUAUGGCCAGAUUCACCGACGAGCAGGGCGUAGGUCUCGCGGCAUGUCCAAGAUACACGCUGCAGCGUAUCGUCCAUUCUUUCGAACAAGAAUAUGACAUCAACUUCUUGGUCGGCUUCGAGAUUGAGAUCACAUUCUGCAGGCGAGGGCCAAAAGGCAGCGAUGAUCCAUUCUCGCCCCUCGACGCAAACCACGCAUGGGGCACCUUUAGCGACGAGCAGUACAUGACUUCUGUGGCCUUAAUGACAUCCAUCGGUACAGUCCUGCAGAACAUAGGGAUACCGAUCCAGGCACUGCAUUCAGAGGCUGGCGCAGGCCAAUACGAGUUCGUACUCCCACCGCUACCUCCAGUCCAGGCGGUAGACACCCUGAUCCAAGCCAAACAAUGCAUCCAACAAAUCGCCACCCAGAACGGCCUCCGAGCAACCUGCCACCCCAUGCCCUUCCCAGGCAUCGGCACCGCCGCACACGCCCACAUCUCCCUCAACACUUCCACCCUCCAACUCUCCCAACUCGAAACCAUCGAACAAUCCUUCAUCGCCAACAUCCUCGCCCACCUCCCCGCCAUCACAGCCAUCACCAUGCCCCACCCCGUCAGCUACGGCCGCGUCGCCGACAACAGCUGGACGGGCGGCACCUGGGUCGCAUGGGGCACCAACAACCGCGAAACGCCCCUCCGCCGCGUCUCGGCCCAAAGAUGGGAGAUCCGCUGUCUCGACGGCCUGGCGAAUAUGUACCUCGCUCUCGGUGUGAUUUUGGGGGUAGGAUUGGACGGGGUGAGGAGGUCGGUAGAGCUGAAGAUUCGGGAUUGCAGGAUGAAUCCUACGAAGCUUUCGGAGGAGGAGAAGGCGGGGUUGGGGAUUGUGGAGAGGUUGCCGAGGGGAUUUGAGGAUGCGCUGGGGGCGUUGGAGAAGGAUGUUGGGGAGGUGGGGAGGAUGGUUGGCGGUGGGGAGGGGGAGGGGUUGUUGGUGAGGAAUUGGGUGGCUGUUAAGAAGGCGGAGCAGGAGAUGUUGAAUCAGAUGGGAGAGGGGGAGAGGAGGGCGUGGUUGAUUGAGAGGUAUUGA